GUAGAGCAACUUGCAGCACCAACUCAAAACAAGGCUCUCUCAAGUGCUAGAAGAGCAUUAGAAGAACUGCAUUAGAAGCUGGAUCUGCGCUGAAUUUGGGUGCCGAGUCCUGCAAACAUGAUUGCCACCACACAGCAGAACAUGACAACGGAGCUGCAGGACCUCGGAAGCACAGGAGGACCUCCUCGCAACUGGAAGGGAAUUGGGAUCGCUAUGGUGGUCAUCCUGGGGGUCAUGUCUCUGGUCUCCCUCUCAAUUUUUCUGCUCACACCUGAUGAGUCUCACCUCCUGCUGCUGUCUCGUCUCACUCUAGAGAACUUGGAGAGCGAAGAUUUCCGAGUUCAUGACCCAUGUGCGACAUGGCUAAAUGAGAACGAGGUGUCACUUUGCACACGGGAGGGUCAUGUUUUAAUCCACAAUCUCAGCACCAAUCUCACUACCACGUUAUUGGACAACAGCACCCUGGAUCUAAAGUCCAUGAGGUUCCAGGUUUCAGCUGAUAAGAAGUUCAUCCUGAUGGCUUAUAAUAUCCACCAUGUAUUCUCACAGUCCUUCACAGCAUCCUUUGCAAUCUACACAGUGGCCAGCGGGGAGAUUACAGACCUCACCCCAUCAGAGGAGGAUAUAUCUGUACUUCAGUAUGCAGCAUGGGGACCUCAAGGGAACCAGAUGGCCUAUGUCUUUGAGAAUGACAUCUACUACAAGCCAGAUGUUUCCAGCAAAGCGAUGCGUCUGACAGCCACGGGCAGAAACGGAAUGGUGGUUAAUGGGCUGUCUGAUUGGACCUAUGAGGAGGAGAUACUGCUGAAAUAUCCUGCAUUCUGGUGGGCCAAAGACGGCGCACGCCUGGCAUAUCUGUCUAUUAACAACACAGCAACUCCUUUUAUGGAGAUACAUCACUUCCUGGGUGGGAUCUACCCUUCUAAUGUCCUCUACCCCUAUCCAAAGGCGGGUUCCAGAAUCCCAUCAGCCAGUCUAUUUGUGGUGAAUUUAUACGGUCCAGCACACACAUUAGAGAUGAUUCCUCCAGACUCCCAGAACAGCAGAGAUAACUACAUCUCUAUGGUGAGCUGGAUAAGCAGCACUUGUCUGACUGUGCGCUGGUUGAACCGGGUCCAGAACCAGUCUGUGCUGUGUGUGUGUGAGGCCACGACAGGAGCCUGCUCGGAGAGGCACCAAAUGGCGAUGGACUUCUGGCACAACAACCAGCGGCAGGAGGAGCCGUUGUUCACGGCAGAUGGUUCUCUGUUUUACCUCAUCCUGCCUGCCAAGCAAGGGGCCCGUGGGGAGUUUCUCCACAUCGCCAGCCUCCCUGCUCAGACUUCCACUCCUUCUGUUUCUCCUCGCUUUCUAACAUCAGGGAACUGGGAUGUAACCUCACUGUGUGCCCUUGACGAGGAGAACGAUAAAAUCUAUUUUCUGAGUACGGAGGAGUCGCAGCAGAGCAGACACUUAUACAGUGUGGAGCUCGGAGGAGUGUUUCAUCGCCAGUGUCUGACAAGCAACCUGUUUGAGCGAUGCAGUGUCUUCAAAGCAGACUUCAGCCCCAAUCAGACAUACUUUACCCUCUAUUGCUUGGGCCCGGGUGUCCCAAAGGUGACUAUUCACAGCACAAGUGACCCUUCCAGAUACACAGUGGUGGAAGACAACAGCCUCCUCGCUAUGUCUCUUGAAACCAAGAGACUCUCUGAGACAGUUUUCCAGACACUUUCCUCUGACAACAGCGACCUAGAUCUAAAGAUGUCCCUGCCUCCUGGGUACGGAGGAAACCUGCAUCCUCUCCUUAUUAUCAUUGACAGUAUUCCUGGGAGGCAGUCGGUAAUGGAGGAGUUUGCCCUGGGCUGGCCAGAGGUUUUAUCCAGCCUGCAUGGUGUGGCGCUGGCCUGGAUCGACAGCAGAAGCCGGGUCUCGCAGGGACAGAAAAGCAGCACCCUGGACCCUCGCAAGCUCAGUUCCCUCCGCAUUAAAGAUAAGCUUGGAGUCGUGGAAUGGUUAAUGCAGUUGCCGUACAUUGAUGGGAGAAGAAUUGCUGUUUAUGGAAAGGGACUUGGUGGCUAUUUAGGUUUGAAGAUGCUGACAGCAACCGAUCAGAUGUUCAAAUGUGCUGCUGUCAUGGCUCCCAUCACAGACUUCAAGCUCUAUAGUGCUGCCUUCUCAGAAAGAUAUCUAGGCCUUCCAAAUAAAGAGGAGCAUUCGUACAUGGCUGCGUCUUUGUUGGACGACAUUCACAAGCUAAAAAAUAAAAACGUCCUCCUCAUACACGGGACUGCAGAUGCACGGGUACAUUUCCAACACAGCGCUGAGUUGUUGAGUCGUCUGGUGAAGGUAGAGGCCAACUACACCCUUCAGCUGUACCCAGACGAAGGCCACACUUUAAGAGAAGAGCGGACCAACCAACACCUGCACCGCACGCUCCUUCACUACCUCCACAACUGCCUCAAAUACGACCCCUUCCUCAACAUAGAGGAGGAAGAGGAGGAGGACGAAGAGGAAGAGUGAUCUCUUCCACUGUGUCCAUUCUCGGUCCUCAGAGGUGCCCAGUACUGGUGUCUGACUUCAGGAUGCGUUAGUUCUCCAAAGGAAAAAUUAGCAAAACGGAGAUCAAGAGGGCCAAAUUCACCAGCUACCACAAACUCAAUUUUGCAAUGUUUUAUUUUUUUUUGUUCAGACUGCAACCGUAAAUGUUUCCUGAGUGUCCAGGAAGAUGCAACACAACUGCUCUGGUUCAUACAGUUUUCAAGUAAAUCACACACAGUAUAAUGACUAAGGGCCCCAUGCAAUCAACAUCUUAAGGCAGUUUAUGUGUAAAAUGGGCAAAAGAUGCAUGUUGAUCAGCCUUGAUGUUGCAGCGCCAUACUGUGGUGAAAGAUGGAUAUUUCAAGACAUGUUUUGUGGAUUGUGAAGUUGAAAAUGCUAGUGGUUUACCGAUUCAGUGUUAUUGUUUACUAUUUGUUUAACUAUUACUAUACUAUAACUAUUUACUAUAAAAA